ACUACACAUCCUUGAGCAUUGAGCUCCCUUAAUCAAGAGCCACGAUCCAAUAAGCACAAACACCUGCAUUACCCCUCCUUGUCUCGACAAUGGCGAGCGCCGCCGUGCUUCUCCUCAUCACGGUGCUGGCCACUGCCAGUGCCCUUGUUCCAGCCAUGGCCGGCACCAGCCCAAGCCCCCGUCACCCAGCGGCAAGGAGGAGCCGCUUCCUGCUUGUUGGCGGCACCGUCCACCCGCCGCUGCCAGCGUACGACUGCUCGAAGAAGUCGGCCGGAGCAUGCCUUGCGACGGGGACGGCGUGCUGCAGCGGCCAGUGCGUGGACACUGUCGCCAGCGUCCAUCACUGCGGCGGCUGCGACAAAGCGUGCAAGCACGGCCGGAUGUGCUGCGGUGGUCGCUGCGUGGAUCUCCUCUCCGACAAGAAGAACUGUGGCGCCUGCUCUAACCAGUGCAACAAGAAGUGCAGCUAUGGAUUCUGCGACUACGCGCAGUAAUUAAUCAAGUUCAACAUUACCAUGCGCCGUUGACAGUCGUAUCUGACGAUCUGCACUUAGAUACAUAGCUAUGUGCGCAUGCAGAGGCGAGGAGUGGGCUUGAGCUUAUAUACUAUCAAAACCUAUGGAUUAUAAUUACACUUCUGCUUCAGUACACCCCCUAAACACAAAAACGGUCCAGAUUGAUCGAUACUUCUUCAUAAUAAAUGACAAGAUGGUUAUAUUCACGUA